AUGAGGGUGCAGAGGGUGGACCAGCUGGAGGAAGGGAAUGCACCAACAAGGUGUUUCUUCUCCGCUCAGGAGAAAUUCCAGGCUCACGUGCAGAUCCUGAAGGAAAGGAGAGAAAAGCUGCUGGGGCUGAAAAUGGCCGAGGAUAAAAAAAGCCUGGACUUCCUUGAACAAGUGGAAACGGAGCGGCAAAAGGUUGUGUCUGAAGUCCAGGAGCUGCACCGGUUCGUGGAGGGACAGGAACGUCUCCUCUUGGACCGGUUGGCAAAGCUGGACCAGGAGAUCAUGAGGAGACAGGAGGAGAACAUCAACAGGCUCUUGGAGGAGAUGUCUUCCAUCGGUGAGCAGAUCCGUGAACUGGAGGAGAAGUGUCAGCAGCCGGUGUGUGAAUUCCUGCAGGACAGCAGAAACAUCUUGAGCAGGUUCGAGAAGGACGUUGCCCAGAAACCAGCAGAGACAUCGUCUGAGCUGGAAGAGAAACCCACCGGUCUUCUUCAGAAAAAUAUUGCCCUCAAAGAGAUGCUGAUGAAAUUUCAAGUCAGUUUGACGCUGGAUCCAGAGACAGCGCAUCCCCGGCUCGUCCUGUCCGAGGACUACAAACGCGUGAGAUGGGAAGACACUCGCCAGCCCGUACCCGAUAACCCCAAACGUUUUGACUCGUCUCGUUGUGUCUUGGGCUGCGAAGGUUUCAGCGCGGGGAGGCAUUACUGGGAGGUGGAGGUGGGCGACGGGGAAGCUUGGGCUGUUGGGGUGGCCAAGGAAUCGGUGAGGAGGAAGGGACGGAUCAGCGUCAACCCCAAGGUGGGGAUUUGGGCGGUGGGGCAGUGCGGGAGCCAGUACCAGGCUCUCACCUUUCCGACCAUCCCCAUCUCCCUGCUCGCUGCUCCCAAGGUGAUUGGGGUUUACCUGGACUAUGAGGCGGGGCGAGUGGCGUUUUUUGACUCCAAUAACGAGGCACCCAUCUUUACCUACCCCCCAACAUCCUUUGCGGGGGAGAAAAUCCUCCCCUUGCUCUGCCUGGGGAGGGGGUGCCAGUUCACACUCUCCCCCUGA